AUGACGGAGUUCUACGCGAAGCGAAAAGCCAAUUGCGAACGACGAAGUUCAGACCCUGGACAAGUUCACCAAGUGCGAAACACAGAUGCAUCAUCGAAAUCCGAGCGCAAGUUCGUCACCACUCGAAUCAAUGAUGCAAAGAUCAAGCUGCAACUUGACUGCGGCUCCGAUGCUACGAUCAUCUCACAGGAUAACUGGAAAAAGCUGGGCAGUCCAAAACUCAAGCCUAGCGAUGUACAACUAACAAGCGCUUCGGGUCACAGCAUUCACAUUUGGGGAGCAUUUGACUGUUGCAUAAAGCUUAACGAUCACGAAGCCCUGGGAACUUGCCACGUCUCUUCGCGAAUCAACUUGUUAGGAAACAACUUUUUCCAGCCGCUUGGAUUGUGGGAUGUGCCAAUCUCCUCUCUUGUCUGCAACAAAAUUGUUACAAACUCUGAACACGACAUUGUUGCCGAGGUCAAACGAAAGUUUCCCCAAUUAUUUUCCGACGGCCUUGGUAAGUGCACCAAAACAAAAAUCUCUCUUACUCUCAAGCAGGGAGCCAAGCCGGUUUUUCGCAAAGCUCGACUAGUGCCGUUCGCCGCAGCCCCAGUGAUCGCCGCCGAGAUUGAACGCCUUCGACAUUUGGGAGUCAUCAGCCCAGUUGAUUUUUCUACAUCGGCCGCACCGAUUGUCGCGGUCAAGAAAUCAAACGGCAAGACUCGCAUCUGUGGUGAUUACUCGACAGGCCUCAAUGACAUUCUUGAGCCCAACCAGCAAGUGACUCUACGCAGGCAAUUGACUCUACGCAGGAACAAAGAGGAUUAUUAA